CGCCCGCUGCCGCCUGAUCCGGGCGGUGGUGGCACAGGAAGGGACCGAGCGGUUCGAUUCGGUCCGGUCCGGUCGGGGCGGGCAGCGGGGCCUGGUUCGGUGAGCAGCGCGGCGGCGGUCGUGGUGUCGGGCCCUGCCAGGCUUGUCGGGGGUUCCUCCCGGCGGGUUGCGGUGAGUAAUGGAACCACUACAGAAUCCGGUUGUGCAAGAAGAUGCAAAUCUUAAAGCUAUUAAUGAAGAGUACAAGAAAGCUUUUAUUUUUAUCAAUAAAGGACUGAAUACAGAUGAACUGGGUCAGAAGGAAGAGGCAAGGGAUUAUUAUAAGCAAGGACUUGAUCACUUGCUUCGAGGACUUAGCAUUCCAUCACAGGGUCCUGGAUGUGUAGGGUCCCAGUGGGAGUCUGCAAGGGAAAUGCAGCAGAAGAUGAAGGAGACUCUUCAGAAUGUUCACGCUCGACUCGGUAUUCUAGAACAAAACACUCCACCUGUUCAAGCAAGUCCUGUUGUGAUGGAUGCCCCUCCUGGGGUGCCCAAGUUGUACCCAUCUAUUCCUUCCAAAGAAAAGCCAGAAAGACCCCCGCCCCCUGGUUCUCUGUUUGUACCAAGUCGGCCACCUGCAGGAAAUGGAAGUGUUACAGCUGUGAGCCAGGGGCAAAUACCAGCCAUGAGUCCAUCAUCUGCAAAACCCCUUUGUCUGCCAAAUGAAGCACCUCCUGCCUAUACUCCCCAGGCUACCAAUGGCCAUUUCACUGUGUCUUAUGGCACCGACUCUGGGGAGUUUUCUUCUGUUGGUGAGGACUACUACAAUAAGUGUACUCGGCCACCUCCCCUUGAAAACCUGGGAGUGGAUGCAGAUGAACUGAUCUUGAUUCCCCAAGGAGUACAAAUCUUCUUUGUGACUCCUGAUGGGCAGGUCAGUGCUCCUUCAUAUCCUGGAUAUCUCCGUAUUGUGAAGUUCUUGGAUACAGGUAAUGAGGCGGCACAGAAUCGUCCACCUGCGUUUCUUCAGGUCUGUGACUGGUUGUAUCCUCUAAUGUGUAACCAGUCUCCUGUUCUGUGCUGCAACACUGGAGUCUACAUGUUCCCUGAUACGAUGUCCCAGGUACCAGGGUCCUAUGUGGGAGUAGUUCUGUCCUCAGAACUUCCAGCAGCUGACAGAGAGCUCUUUGAGGAUCUCUUAAAACAGAUGUCUGACCUUCGAAUCCAGGUGCCAGGAUCCCAUCAGAGAGUAGGGUUAUCUUCAGAGCUCCCAGCAACUGAGAGAGCGCAUUUUGAAGAUAAAUUUAAACAGAUGUCUGGCCACAAAGUCCAGCCUCCAGAAGCCUCUGGUGAUGCAUUUAACUUGCCUCAAACUGUACAUAUCCAACCACAACCUGAAGAAGAAGGAAAUAAGAAAGAGUUGCCAGAAUGGAGUGAGAAAGUUGCUCAUGGAAUCUUAUCAGGUGCAUCUUGGGUAAGCUGGGGCCUAGUAAAAGGAGCAGAAUAUACUGGCAAAGCUAUCCACAAAGGAGCUUCUAAACUACGAGAACACAUUCAACCAGAAGAAAAACCUCUUGAAGUCAACCCAACUGUAGCAAAGGGGCUUCAUGUAGCAAAACAGGCCACUGGAGGAGCUGUGAAAGUCAGCCAACUCUUAGUUGAGGGAGUGUGUUCUAUAGCAAGCUGUGUUGGAAAGGAGCUGGCACCACACGUGAAGAAGCAUGGCAGCAAAUUAGUUCCAGAAUCCCUUAAGAAAGAUAAAGAUGGCAAAUCUACUUUUGAUGGUGCUCUGGUGGUAGCAGCAAGUGGAGUUCAAGGGUUUUCAACAGUGUGGCAAGGUUUAGAAAGUGCAGCAAAAUGCAUUGCUAAAAGUGUUUCAACUGAGACUGUGAAAACUGUCAGAUACAAGUAUGGAGAAGAUGCUGGCCAUGCUACAGACAAUGCUAUGAAUUCUGCAAUCAACGUUGGUGUGACAGCAUUGAACAUCGACAAUAUUGGUAUCAAAGCUGUUGUAAAGAAAACUGCAAAGGAAACUGGCCAUGCUGUGUUAGAUGAAUAUAAAGUAUUGGAUAAUGAGAAGAAGGGUAAAAAAUGAAAGCAAUGAAGUAUUUCUCAAAGCCUUACACUAGACAGGAAGCUUCCUCUUUAGAAGUGACUAAUCCACAGUUUAACACAAAUCACGCCGCGCUUUUCAAGCAAUUGUUAAUUUGACUUGAAAAUGUAAAAGUAGGGAGAGCACUCCUAAAAAAUGAAAGUUGUCUUAACUCCUUUUUUUUAUAUUCAGCAAGGGUCUCAAAUAGUUGGACUGGGGCUUUAGACAACUGGAAGGCUUUGAGUUUGUGGUUAAGAAACUUGUCUCUGUAAGCACUUUUUCAGAAUAUAAAGUGGAAUAAUAGAAUAAUACUAUGAAUAUUUUUUUAUGCUUUAUAUAAUUGUCAAGAAGAUGGCCAUACAGAGUAAAGGAUUAUUAAUUCUGCAACAAAUAGGACUACUAGUUUUGUUUUUUAACUGUCCUUAAGAGUCAGUUUUACUAAAAUGGCCUUGUCUUAUUUAAUAUACCCUAAAAUAAGCUUUAUGUUUCUAUGUUUUGUAGAGAAAUUCCCUUUUCGGCUACCAAACAGCUAAUGUCACAAGUUCAUGUUAGAAGAAAUAAAAGAUGAAUCUCAGGUAACUAGAUAGUUAUUUCCUUUAAAACUUUUUUUUUUCAUCCAACCAAAGAUAUUAAGCAUUUUUUCUAAAAAAGAGUAUUUACAGCUCUAGAAAAAUGUAUUCUCCAAUUGACUCUGUAAGAAAUAUACAAAGAUACUUUGAAAUUGAGAUUUUUAUGUAGAGAGGACAAGUAUGUUUUUGCAUAAAUUAAAGUAUUUUUCUGUAAAAAUCUUCUGUAGAGGACACUAGGGGCUUCUAUGCAUUCUGACCAUUCAGCCAAUGCAGAAAGAUUCAAAAUAUAUAUUAUGGCCUCCUAAUGAAAGACAGUAUGCAUUUACUUCAAGUAGUUCUGGCAAUCAGCAUCUCUAUUCCAUUAAAUCCAGAGUUGCACAGGAUAUUUUUUUAAAGGAUAUGAAGAUGAGACCUCUUACUGAAGAGAUGUGGGUGGAAGAGAGUAGACACUACUGUGUAGGUUUUUCAUCCUGUUCCCAGUGCAGUGUGAAAGAACUAUGUAGAACCCUUGAUGUUUUUACACUGCUGCUUAUUUAACAGCUAAUUAUUGAGUUUUAAAGCUGCUACAUGUUCUAGUAUUGGCUGGACCUGCAGUUAACAGAACACUGCCAAUUUACAUCUUAUCUCCAUGUCAUGUACCUGGAAAAAAUAACUAUAAAUGAUUGUUAGUAAAUGAUAUUUGCAUCAGAUUGAAAAAACGGUGAUAAUUAACAGGUGCACAUCUUAUGGUAACUACUGUAGGUGUUUAUGUAGGGUAAGAAAUGUGACAUAAAGGAUCUAACCACUUGAAGUGUAACUUUGAUUUAUGGAAAUAAAGAUGAAAUUAAAAUUGGUUAA